GGCUCCCUCCUCUUGAUUUUGUGAUAAAUUUGAGUGAUCCUCCUCCUCCCUACUGUUCUUCGUCGUUUAUGUCCGGAGAACAACCGAAAGAAACAACUCCGAAUCUGAUUGAGUGUGUCCCUGUGCGCGCCAUAAGCUCCGGUUGUCAAUUAUGGCGCUAAAAUCGCAAACGAUUGCUGGAUUGGCUAUGCCUUUACCGUCUCCAGCUUCAACUUCAUCGACUUCAUCGAGCAACACUCUCUGUAUGGUGAAGCGCCCGCCUCUGAGCUCGUCCUUCUUAAAUGGUGGAGUUGAAGCUCUAAAGAUCGCUAGGACACGGAGUCCAGUUGGUCGUUCGAACUGUUUGAGGCAAGGUGGCGGUGGGCUUACCAUUCGUUCGAAUCUUUUUGAUCGGUUUGCUAGGGUUGUGAAGUCAUAUGCCAAUUCAGUCCUAAGUUCAUUUGAAGACCCGGAGAAAAUUUUGGAUCAAGCGGUGCUUGAAAUGAAUGAUGAUUUGACCAAGAUGCGCCAAGCCACAGCACAAGUUUUGGCAAGUCAAAAACGAAUGGAAAAUAAGUACAAAGCUGCACAACAAGCUUCUGAAGAUUGGUACCGGAAGGCACAACUUGCUCUUCAAAAGGGAGAGGAAGAUCUUGCACGCGAAGCUCUCAAGAGGCGAAAAUCUUAUGGUGAUAAUGCUAGUUCUUUGAAAGCUCAGCUUGAUCAACAGAAAGCUGUGGUGGACAAUCUUGUAGCUAACACUCGGCUCUUAGAGAGCAAGAUACAAGAGGCCAAGUCCAAGAAGGAUACUCUAAAAGCACGUGCUCAGAGUGCAAGGACGGCGACCAAAGUGAAUGAGAUGGUAGCAAAUGUCAGUACCAGUAGUGCUCUUUCAGCUUUUGAAAAGAUGGAGGAGAAAGUUAUGACAAUGGAAUCAGAAGCAGAAGCUCUUGGCCAAUUAACUACUGAUGAGUUGGACGGGAAGUUCUUGGCACUUGAGACCACGUCAGUGGAUGAUGAUCUGGAUAGCUUGAAGAAGGAGCUAGCCGGUAGCACAAUGAAGAAGGAGCUGCCGCCGGGACAAAACAUUUUCACCCGCACAAGAGAUCCGGAUAUCGAGAUGGAGCUCAACGAGUUGCGGCAGAAGAGGAAGGAAUUCUAGGAGGGUAAGGCCAGAGUCGACCAUGAUUGUUAUAGUUCUGCUUCAUUCGAUUGGAGUCAAUAGUUUGCUUUUGUUUCUAUAUUUUAUAUAUAAGUACAGUUUUUCUAUGCGAUCUACUUGAAACUUCAUAGCUGAAUAUGUUUUUCCACUGUAAAACUACGGAGAACUUGGGUCUUGUUUAAAGGGGUUGGAAAGUUGUACAUACGAUACGAAGCUUGCUUAAUCCACUCUGAAAUUGAGACACCAUAAUCGGAGGAUAUUUCAAUUUUCAAGAGAGCUUCACUUGAUGCUUAUGGAUAUGAGAUCUUCAAAGGUUAUAUGCCUGAAAGACAGUAGGCACAACUCUGCACAAAGAGUUAAUUUUGAAGACUAACUACAG